ACAAUUUUGAAUUGGACUUCACAUUGUCUGACUCGCAGAUAACUCUGAUAAAUUCAAUCACAACUGUUCAAAAGUAUGCUUGGAAUCCAGAUGUUGUUGCCUAACUUAUCCUGCUAAUUGCUACCUUCAAAUUUCAAUUUAGUUUAAAGGUUAGAAUUAUAAACUAGUGAAAAAUGAGUGAUGGAUGCAGAGCAAGUGAAAAAGAAGUAACAUCUGUUUGCAAUUGUGUCAAGAGAGAGGUAAUUACUCCUAUUCAACUGGAAAGUUGUUUUCCUGAUUGUGUUGCUCAAGUCAGUCAUGCUUCAUACAAGUCCUUACCCAAAACUGGUAAACCUCAAUCUGACUCAGAAUGGACUUUACUUGCCUCCAUAGUGCAGGUAACUUCACAUGUUAUGUCAAGUCACAACCAUCCAGACCUGAAAGUUGUUGCCCUUGGUACGGGAACCAAAUGCAUUGGGCAAAGCAAGUUAAGUAAAAGUGGAGAUAUUGUGAAUGACAGCCAUGCUGAAGUAAUUGCAAGAAGGGCGUUCUUAAGAUACCUGUACCACCAGGUAUGUCUUGCGCUGAGAGGUGAUGAGUCCAGUAUAUUUCACUUUAAAUGUGAAUGUGGACAUUUAUGUCUCAAAACUGGGAUCUCUUUUCACUUUUACUCAAGCCACACUCCGUGUGGAGAUGCUUCCAUUUUCCCCAAAGAUGAAGAAAUGACUGAUGUUGGUGGUUGUGUUGUCAUGACACCAGAGCAAUCUUCUGGCUCACAAGAACAUAACAUCUUAGUAAAAAAUGAAAUACAAAGUUCAAAAAGACCUCACGGCUGCUCUGAAGUAGCUAGCAAGAGCUUAGAAUCUGAUUCAACUGCACCCAAAAGGUUUAAAACUGACAUUCAUCGAACUGGAGCUAAAUGUAUAGCAACAGAAUCUAGACAAGACCUCAAGCUGCCAGGAUUUGAUUUCCAUGUUCUUGGAGCUGUCAGAACAAAGCCUGGAAGAGGGGAUCCUACUCUCUCUGUUUCCUGCAGUGACAAGUUGAUGCGGUGGAAUUGUGUUGGAAUUCAGGGUGCUCUUCUUUCAAGAUUACUUGGAUAUCCAAUCUAUUUGCAAUCAAUAACAGUUGGAGGCGGCUGUCCUUUCUCUGGUUCUGCACUGAAAAGGGCUGUUAUAGAAAGAGCAUCAGUUGGAAAGUGUUGUCUACCACCUGGAUAUUUCAUAAAUAAGCCAAUUUUAUUUCAAUCUACUGUGCCAUUCCCAAACAGGAAGAGGGGUAAUACUCAAAGACCAUGUCCAUCAAGUAUUGUUUGGUCAGCCUCUGUUGAAAGGCCUCACGAAGUUGGAAUUGAAGGAAAACGGCUUGGUGUUACUAAGAAAAAGCAAAGCACUCCUGCUGGACGGCUAUUAAUCAGCAAAAAGGACCUCUUCCGUCAGUUUAUGGACUGUUGGUCUUUAAAGGAAUUUCAAAGGAACCAGGUGGAGCUGUUGGAUGAGUGUUCUCCCGCAGUGGUAUCUAUUUCUAAGGGUUUGUCUUAUAUGGAAUGCAAAGCAGCUGCUGUGGCCUAUCAAGAAGCAUGGAGAACCAUUCUUAAAGUUGCACUCCUCCCAUGGACCAUAAAACCUCAAAAUCUUCAGAUCUUUAGGAGUGAGGAUUGACAUAGAUAUACCAUUAAUAGUAUCAAAGUCAACAUCAAGAAAGUUUAUUGAUAGGAACAUAAUUCCUCUUUGGUUCUUGUUCUAUCAUAAAACAAAUAUAUUACUAUAACAUAAAUAUAUAAAGGACACUAUCUUAUUUAAAGUUAAAACAACACA